AUGUUGUUAAUACUACAAUCAGUAGUUCCUGGUGUGUAUAAAUUGAAUGAGUUUUUACUACCGCAUUAUUUUAAAACAUUUGUGGAAGCAGCCAAAAAAUUAAGCGGUUACGACGAAGAUAAGAACACUUACAUCAAUCCAUCAAAUGCGUUAAAAAUAGGACAUUCUAUACUACAAUGCUGUGACAUUUUGGAAAGUCAAUCUAUAAUCGAAGGCAAAAGCGAAGAAGAGUUGCAGACGCUAAGAAAUUUUAAAAAAAUUUUCCAAAUUGAGUGGAAAUAUGCCAUAUCGUCUAAUGCAAUCCAGGAUAUGAGCAAAAAGAAAUUUAACAAAUCAAUAAAACUACCCAACGCAGAUAAUAUACAAUUAUUACAUAACUAUUUAUUAGAUGAAAUGAUUAAAGGUAAAAAUUUAAUUGAAAAAGGGUUGUACACUCAAGUUACUUAUAAAACAGUCUGCCAAUGUUUGCUAUCACAAAUUAUUUUACUAAAUCGUCGAAGGUCCGGUGAAGUCGAAAGAAUCAAAGUCGACGAUUAUUUGAACAGAGAUCAAAAUAAAAUGCAAAAUGAAAUAGUAAAAUCACUCACCGAGGUUGAAGCCAGACUUUCCAAAAACUUUGUCAGAUUUGUAAUCAGAGGAAAGAAAGGAAGAGGUGUACCUGUUCUACUUACACCAGUUCUGAAAGAAACAUUAGAUGUAUUAUUAAAUAGAAGAAGUUAUUUUGGUAUUUUGGAGUCAAAUCCAUAUAUUUUUGCUAUUCCUUACACCGUAGAGGGAACUUACCGUUGGACAGAUUGUCUACGAAAAUCUGCAGAUGCAUGUGGGGCUUCUGAUCCGGAUCAAUUGAGAUCUACUAAGCUUCGAAAGCAUAGAGCUACUAUGUUCCAAUUACUGAACCUAUCAAACAGUGACAGAGAACAAUUGGCAAACUUUAUGGGCCACGAUUUAGCAAUCCAUAAUGAAUACUAUCGUUUACCAGAUGAAACAUUACAAAUAAGCAGAGUGAGCAAAAUUUUAUUGGCCAUGGAGUCUGGAAAACUGCAUGAGCUUAAAGGAAAAUCUUUAGAAGAGUUCGACCAGUAUAUGAUGCCUGUCAAUUUAACAGACUCUGAAUUAGACGAAGAAACUGUUACAGGUAUUUAA